GAAAAAUUGUUUAUAGGUACAAAUAAUUAUGGCAGUCGAAAAAAGUAACGAAAUUAGUGUUUUUCAAUUAAUAACCAGGCUAUGUGAAAAGUAUUACACGAAUCCAGAAGAGUUAAAAUCAGCUAGAUCUAAAUGCUACGAGAUUUUGCUCGAAAAAAGGAGUGUUAAACGGAAAAUAGAUUUUCCUGACCUGGGUGGAACAUCAGAUCCUUACUGUAAUUUAUUAUCCUGGCAAUUUAAACUCAUUCAUCAGUACAAUAUGAGAAAUCAUGCCGAAGAAUUGGCUAAUUGUAUUAAUAACGUCCAGGACUGCCUUGCCGGAGACAACCAUUUAUUUAACUCAGUUUUAAAAUUUUUAAUGAAUCUAAGAAAUAUACCUAAGAAAAACACUAAUAAAUUGGAUUUAUCUUCGUUACCAUCACUCGAAGAAUAUGAAAAAUUUAACUUUGAUAAACUCUUUAAACUACCGGAUAACUUUAACGAGUUUAAUAAUAAUCUGGAGGAAAUCUCAACUACUGGGAAUGUUCAUCAUGUAAAAUCCAAUAUUUUUACUGAAAAUCGUGCGUUUGAAAAGGAGUUUUUUAAUCGUAUAAACUUAGAAGAAGCUCCCAAACGCACUGAAAAUAUUUGGGAGUUAGCCUCAACUCUAAAAUACAGCGAAAGAAAAACAUGGGAAAGUUACGGUUAUCCACAGCCUGAUAAAGAACCCCCUUUCUUAUCGGAAUUAGGACCACUAUCAUCGCUAUGGGUUGAGAAUUUGCAGUCUCUAUAUUUGUAUAAAAUUUUCAAAGACGGGGCAGUUUUCAAAUCAAGGCUAGUGUCAAGAAAAGACUUCAUCAGGGAUUUGAAAUAUUUAUUAGUGGGUAUGGCUUCGGAAUGUUUUUCUUUUGAUGAAAAUGGAAUAUUUUAUCUAAUCCCUAACAUAAGCAUCGAAGCAAUCACUCCCGAUGCUCUAACAAAUUACACAAGAGAACUUAUAUUCGUAGGAACAUGUUCUAAAGCUUUGUAUAAAAUGAGUACACCUAAUUUAGAAACUGGAAGAUACAAACAUCCGGGUUAUGUAUACACAGAAUUCUGCGAAAGCAUUAAUCGCUAUUUGAAAUUCUACCAAGCGGCCAUAUUCUCGAUCUCGAACGACACAAAUUUCCUGCAAUUCCUCGAAAAAACUUACGAUUUGAGAUUGCAAAUCAAUACGUUGGCUUCGAUAUGUAAAGUUGGACCGUAUAUGCGUUCAACGGAAACUGGAAAUGCAGUGGAAAUUCUCAAUUAUCUGUAUCAAAAAGUCCACAGCUUAAAAAAUCACAAAGUAAUCUACGUGUUGUACUCAAUACUGUAUUCCUGUUGUCAGGUGUAUUUGAGUCGUUUUCUGAAACCUUGGAUACUGGAAGGCAGUUUAAACGAUCCAUAUGGAGAAUUCUACAUUAAUUCUAUAUCUAAAUACAUAGCAUCCAGAGGAAGAACAUAUUGGACAAGAGGUUUUACUUUCCACGAUCGUUUACUACCAGAUUUCCUUUCUGAUUUGAAAGUUGAUAUACUCUCUUGCGGAAAAGCUAUGAGUUUACUAAAAUUCUGCGAUCACUCGAAUAAAUUGAAGUUCUAUUUGAUGGGUAAGAAACCAUCAAUUAUAUCCUGCUGCGUUACAUCGAAUCAACUGGUCCUCCUGCGAAACAACAUCACUAACUAUUACCUGGACAUUUAUAAAGAAUGCGGUCCGAGGUUCUCCAUGCAAAACGUCAUGUUCAAAUCGCAACGGAUCGAUCCUCUCCUUCUAGCGGCCAUUGCGAAAAAGAGAGCGGAAACCCUCAACAGAAUAAAACUGGAGAAAGAGAGGUUGAUUUUGCUGCGUAACGAGAAGAAAUUGGAAGAAAUUAACAUGUUGAAGGAGCAGUAUGAUAUGGUGCUGGCUUUGAAACAACAUGCAGCAGCUAGGGAAAUCGAAGUUGAAUUGAAUCGUGUGGAAGACAGUCUGGAAGUGGAAUUAAAGCGACAACAGUUGCUCACUGAUGAAGUUGAAAAUAUGAGAGAAUAUUACGCGAAAAUAUUCAAAAUAGCCGACGAUAAGAAAGCCAAAAUCGAAAAGCACAUACAACUAAUAAAAAGCAUCAACAUUGAGCACAUCAUGCACAAAGAACACCCAAUAGAAAAUGUCAUCGAAAACGAGGAAUCGAAAGACACCAACAGCAGCUCGGGAGACAGUUACUUUUCCACUGUGGAUGAUUGCGCAGUGGAUUACAAAAAAGACGAGAAAGAAGAAGAAAUGUUAGAUAAUACUUGGGAUGUCAUUAACGCUAACAUCGAAUUUAGCGAUAACAAUGCCAACUUACCAACGGUACCUGCAAAUAUACAACAAGCUAUCGAUAAUUUCGCCGAAGCUAGAAAGAACAAAGCGCGAAUCAUGACUGAAGAAUUAGGUGUGGUGAGUAAUACAAAAUCACUAACGAGACCAUUAACAGCAUCGAGCGAUACAUGUCUCACUCAAGCCCAAAAGAACAAACUGAAAAUGCUGAGCUCCGAAUUCGGCAUCACCUUCAAACCCGACGUGAUUAAGGCGAAACCAAUCACUAUAUCCACCAUCAACAGGAACAAAGUCAUGCGGAGCCACGAUUGCUUCGAUUACAAGCUAGACAAUGAGAUCUUUCAGAACAAAAACGCGAGAAUUACGGAGAAUACAGUGCACACUUUGGGCAAAUCCAAGUCGAUGAAUCUCGAAUUAGAGAAGCAGCCCCCCGCGAUAUGUAAGGGCGACCCGAACCGGCCCACGCCCAUGUCGGUGGACUCGACGCCUUUGAGCGAGCACCCGCAAUCGCCGAUGACGACGACGACGGGCAGCUCGAUGUUCUUGAGCAGCGACGCCGGUCUGAUGGACGAUUGCGCCAGCGGCCCCACGACAGGGCGCACGUGUUGCGGCGAGCAACCGUUCGAUUUCAAUCGACAAGAGCAGCCCUACGUGCCGGCGAGCAACGUGUUUUCGAAGAGGAUCGACGAGAAGGAGGCCGAGGGGGUUUUCACGAAUUCAUUGGGGUUGUUUCUGCGCGAGUGCGUGCGGAUGCCGCUCGUCACGCAAACGAAGUUGAUUAACGAGGAGAUGUUGAGGUAUUUCGUGGAAGAUUUGGAGUACAUCAAUCAUCUGUCGAGUCUUCGGGACUUCUUUUUUAUUCAAGAUGGCGAAUUCGGCAGGCAUAUUACUGAUAAACUAUUCACGAGGCUUUACGAGGCAGAUGUGCCUUCGGAGUUGAUAAAUUGUCGUAUUUUAAAAGAUUUAGUGUUCGAUGCUUUGGAUAUGUCGUAUAAGAAACAGAAAUUUACCUCUUACUUAUCGUUCAAAAUCAACAACAUACCCACAUGUUUCGAUCUAGGCGAUCCAAACGUCCUAGAUUGCUUGUCAUUAACAUACAAAGUAGACUGGCCUCUAAAUAUUGUCUUACCAUCCGAUGUGAUAACCAAAUACGAUGAAGUCUUUCGAUUCCUAAUAAAAUUGAGCAGAGUCUCCUGGGUAUUGAAGAAAAUAUUCUUGGAGUUGAAGGUAUUGGCGCGAGAGACGGGCAAAAAGGAAAUCUAUCUAAUGUCGUCGCCGCAGUACAGAAAAUUGCACCAGUGCAGGCACAUCAUGGCGCAUUUUGUACAAACGUUAAAGAACUACGUGGUGGGCGAAGUCCUGCAAUCGAAUUGGGCGAAAUUCGAAAGUAAACUGGCGAACGUGGAGAGUUUGGAUGAGCUCUACGAAACCCAUACUGAAUAUAUUAAGAAUAUACUUUUCAUGUGCCUGUUGACGCAAAAAAUGAUAGUACUAAAGAACGUCAUCAACAAAACAUUCAAGGUAAUUUUAAAAUUUUACGAUUAUCUGCGAUCGAGGAGCUGGAGGUGCGAGGGCGGUCACUUCGUCCAUCCGAACUUCCACAAGUUGGAAAUUAUCUUUCAGAAUUUCCAGGAGUUCGAGCUGUACAUGUUUAAGGUUAUUAACAAAGUGGCCAAAUCGGGAUAUCACCCGCAUUUGCUUCAAUUGUUGGAGAUGUUGGACGUUAAUUAUUAUUUUUCUACUCGGCUCAAACAGAAUUCUUGCACUUCUCUGUCACGUUGAUCUCAUUGAAUUGAAGUUUAGGAUUAUAUCGAAUUGAUUUAUUUGUUCUUUUAAAUUAUGGUACUCAUUAUAUAUUAUUGAGAGCACAUAUAAUUGAGCUUUGAACGUUUUUUACAUUAGAUGGAUAUAGUUUUUUAUAACUAAAUAAUUU